GCUGCUGCCGAAACACUGAACACCUUCUACUCCCGUUUGUAAUAAACACAUUCCGGAUUAUUUUAUGGAUUUAUAAAUGCACAUUUCACGGAUUGUACUACGGCCUGGGAAGUGUUAUUCAAAGAGAGAUUGGAUUUUAGAAGUUUCCUCCAGCAGGGAACUGGAUUGAUGUCUUAAUGCAACUGUUUUGGAAAGAGACUAAGGGCAUCUUGACGAAGACUCCAAGUAUAACUUGUUACGGUGACAUCCCGUUCUCGCCGGGCACAGUAGGUGUUUCGGCUUCUUUCGGCUCCACCGGGGAGAUGUUUCAGGGGUUCCCCGGAGACCCCGACACCGGCUCCCGUGGAAGCUCAUCUCCUUCUCUUGAAUCCCAGUACCUGUCGUCCGUGGAAUCCUUCGGGAGUCCGCCCACCACCAGCGCACCGCAAGAGUGUGUAUCAGUCACUGGCGGGGUAGGGGUGGGUGGAGGGUCAACUGGCACCGGGGCAGGGGUGGACAUGCCCAGCUCAUUUGUGCCCACAGUGACGGCCAUCACCACCAGCCAGGAUCUGCAGUGGAUGGUGCAGCCCACUCUCAUCUCCUCCGUGGCACCAGGACAAAGCGGCACGGGCUCCAGCACCAUGACGCAGCCUGUUGCUUUGGAUCCUUAUGACCUGCCAGGCCCAAGCUUUUCAUCUGGUGGAGGCUUCACCCCACCAAGCUCUGACACUCCUGGCCCAGUGAGACAGUCUCGGAGCCGUCGCCGUGCACGGGAUGAAAUGCUGACCCCUGAGGAGGAGGACAAAAGACGUGUUAGACGAGAGAGAAAUAAACUGGCCGCCGCUAAGUGUAGGAACCGACGGCGUGAGCUCACAGACAGGUUACAGUCGGAUACAGACAUGUUGGAGGAAGAGAAGGCCGAGCUAGAGGCCGAAAUAUCCGAGCUGCAAAAGGAGAAGGAGCGCCUGGAGUUCGUCCUGGUCGCCCACCAACCCGGCUGCAAAAUUCCCUAUCAGGAACAGCCCUCCGCGCCGCUGCCACUGCCACUGCCGCAGACGUCCCCGCAGAUGCCUUCUGUCUCCGUGGUGGGUUUGACUGUGAAGGAGGACACUUUCUACCUGCCGCCCGCCUACUCGUCCCACCACCACCACCACCACCACGUCCCGGUUUCACAGCCCACGCAGACACAGCCGGCCCCAGCACAACAGCAGCAAGGAAUGAUGCAGGAGGUAGCCUUUUCUAGUUCUUUCUAUGGGCAGGGCCAGCCGGCGCCGGACGGCUCGUGCCUUGUUGCCGACGGUGGCGGUAACCCUGACGCCGGCAGCUACAUCCCCUCAUACACAUCUUCAUUUGUGUUCACCUACCCAGAGGGAGCCUGCGGGGCCAGCGCUAACCAGCGAACCAGCAGCAGCGAUCAGUCCUCUGAUUCCCUGAACUCACCCUCGCUUCUUGCACUUUGAGAGCUCUGCGUCUACUCUGCCUCUGCUUGCCUGUCGACAGCAGCACACGCACACAAACAAAUGCAAACACCUCUCAGACGUUGUACUGAUCUUUUACAUGAAAGCCUUUCGAUUUGAAACCUUUCGAGGCCCAGAUGCGUUAGCGUCUGAGUGACUUCAUCAGAUGAUGUAAGUGUAUAUUAAUUCACAAUGAAUUCAGGCUUAAUAUCAAGAUGAGUCAGUAGCCCAUGCACACACAAUCACACACACUUAAAUUGUCAUAGACAUUCAAAUCCGUUUGACAUAACAAUGAAAGCACAUCAGCGCACUCCCCCUUGCUUUUGUCUCUUCUCGCUCUGGCUUACAUUGGUGUACCAUCUCCUCCUUCUCUCUCUAUCCACACCAGGUGCCUGCUGUGUAUUUGUCUAAGCAAAAAGAAAAGGGGGCACAGAACUGCUUUGUGGGUUUUGUUUUGCGUUUCGGGCUUCCUUGCUAUGCUUUUUUUCUCCAUCCAGUUCAUCCACACCUCUUCCUGUGACAAAAAGAACAUGACCACACACUCUAGCUACAGUACCUAUCUCUCUCUUUUUUCUCUCCCUCCGUUGUCCAUCUCCACAUUUGUUUCUCCUCUCUCCUGUCUCUAUGUACCUCUGGUUCUCUCUGAAGUCUUCGGCCCCUGAGAGCCCGUUGGACCCUGAAAGCCCAUGGAACCUUGAGUGAGUGCCAGCCCACACCCCCGACACCACAAAUUCCCUUCGCACGGACCGGCCCGCAGUGGAACCUCAGACA